AUGAUACUGUACGACUUUGACGUCCAGAAGACGUUCAGUCAACAUUCUUCUUAUGGCAUAUUGGAGACACUUGUAGCAAUGAAGAUCAACUACGCUGGGGACGUCAAGGGCAAUACAACUUCAAGUCCACAUGGUCAGAUUGAUGGCUUGAGGGAAUCGCGAGUGAAGACUGACGGUAAACUGGACAUUCGAUUCAUCAGUUACUGGUCAGAUGGCAAGGAAAUCAGUGGAUACUGUUGUGACAGUGAGGAUUGGACAUGGUGCACUGAUAAGUGUGAUCCAAUGUUUACCCUGUGUAUUGGUAUUGCUGGCCCUGAAGGAAGACAGCCGUGCUCUGUUUACAAGACGACCACAAAAUAUGUAGACAACCAUAACAUAAUCCACUUUGGAAGCAGCAUUCAAGGAACUGCAAAUCCUUUCAUCAUACCAGUGGACAAUGCAGUACCGUCCUCGAUAGAAAUAACGGUGGAGGUGUAUGACAACGAUGACAUCUCCGGUGAUGACCACAUGGACACACUCUCUAAGCUGAUCAACAUCCGAGCUGCUGCUACAGAACAGACAGCUAUGUACAACUCAUACACAUUGUCGAGGAGGUCGACGUUAAAGAUUGCAGUCCGAGCCUACUGUGACCCGGACUGGUACGGGUCUGCGUGUGAGAAAUAUUGCAAGGCCACUCCUGACCACAGUCACUACACUUGCCACCCACAUACAGGAGCUAAAAUGUGCUUUGAAGGUUGGAAGGGAGACAACUGCAACAAGGACAUCGAUGAAUGCACAGAAAGUGACCAAAUGUGUCAACACGGAGGCACUUGUACAAAUACAAACGGAAGUUUCGAGUGCGCUUGUGCGGAGGGGAUCAAAGGAAAACUAUGUGAAAACAUCAUCAACCAAUGUGCACUGGAGCCAUGUCUGAACGGAGGGACGUGUGACGGAAACGAAUCGGACUUCAAGUGCGCAUGCCCAGCUGGUUCGACUGGAGACACAUGUGCAGAUAAGGUUAAUUUCUGUGACAGCCCCUUGUAA